UUUCUCCCGCGUGGAAGUUUGGGCCAUUUGGUGACCGGUAGUGCUUGGCCGUGAUCACGUGCCGCCGGCCGCCUUCGCUUCCUAGUUUCGCUUCCACAGCCUUGCGCUUGCGACGAGGCGGAGAAGUUGCAGCGCUGCACUUUGCGGCACUCGCCUCCCGGUUUGGGCUUAGCCGAGGGGUGUGGGGGGCGAGGGGCCGUUAGGAUGUUAGGGGACAUGGAAGAAGAAGACGACGCCUUCCAGCUUCCGGCGGGAGGGACCAGGCUGGCCUCUCUCUUUGGACAGGAUCAGACAGCUACAGAAUCUGAAAAUGUGUUAUUCCAAUACAUGCCACCCAAGCAGCCUAAGAAAGGUCAAUCAGCUACCCCUCCAGGUCUGUCCACCCAGAAGCAUCCUCCUGCAGCUGCUGCACCUGCUGCUGCACCCGCUGCUGCUCCUGCGCCCACUGCAGCAGUGCACUCAGUCUUCUUCGCUACAGCUGUUCAUGCAUAUUUGUUUACCAAUGGGAAAUAUGUGAAACAUGGCAAGUACGGAGCAGCCAUAGUGGGCAGCCAUGCAACCAAAGAGUACAGAGUGCUGCUUUAUAUCAGCAAGCUGCAGCAGAUUGCGACCGCCAGGAUCCACGCCUGGUUUGUACUCACGGUGCAGCCCAACAACUACUGCACAUUUUAUGAUGAUCAGAGGCGGAAUUGGUCCAUCAUGUUUGAAUCAGAAAUGGUGGCUGUGGACUUCAGCAAGCAGCUGUGCAUUGCCAAGUAUAACAGCAGUCCUCCUGACUCAGUGUUGUACCAGGAUCUUGUUCUCGGAGACGGGCAAGGUGUGGAGACUGGAGAUGCCCUGGAGAUCACUUUUACAGGCUGGCUGCUCCAGAACGGCAGUCUUGGGCAGGUUUUCGACUCGAAUGUAAACAAAGAGAAGUUGCUGCGUCUGAAGUUAGGCUCUGGGAAAGUCAUCAAGGGCUGGGAAGAUGGGAUGAUCGGCAUGAAGAAAGGAGGCAGGCGGUUCCUCCUCAUCCCGCCAGCAUUGGCUUACGGGCCUUCGGGAGAAGCUGAACGCAUUCCUCCGGACUCAACGCUGGCCUUUGAGGUGGAAGUCAAACGGGUGAGGUUUGCAAAGGACGCUGGCUCCGCUGGACAGAGCCCCAGGGACUCGCUUACACCUUCACCAGCACCACAAUCAGAAAGCCCCGCUACAGACUCAGCAUGGCUGACUCCUCCUACUCCCGCUCCAAAGCCAGGGGAGCAAGCUGUGCGUGCCAAAUCAAGCUCUAUUAGCGAACAGCUAGCGAAUCCUGAUGCAACAAAAGUGAAACUGAUUUCCCGCAUGGCAAAGAUGGGUCAGCCCAUGCUACCUGUCCUCUCCAGCACAUUUGCACCCCAGCAAGACUCAGUUGACAAGGAGGUAGAGGAGCCGAAUGCCAUGCAAGAAUUUUCAACCAUCUGUCCGAACGACUACCGUCCAAUGGCCCAUCCUCCAUGGGCAAUGCAAGCUCCUCAUCCAGCUGUCUCGGGGCUCCAGGCACCUGCUGCCCCCCAGCCACAGCCCCUUCCAAGAGCCCCUCAAAACUGUCAGCCUUAUGCAGGGGUGCCAUAUGCUUACCCACAAGUGAGCGCCGCAGUUUCCCAGCUCCAGUCUGUUGGGUUGUGCCCAGCUCCUUUCCAAGCAGCUGGAGACAUUGCUUCAUUCCUGCUGACAGAGACCCGGCAACAGAACACAGAGGUCCGGCUGGCCGUUGGGAAGGUGGCUGACAAGAUGGACCAGCUGUCAGUCAAGCUGGAGGAACUGCGGAAGCAAAACUCUGGCCCCGGUGUCUCUUCUGUUACCAUGGAAAGCUCUAUGAUCAUGAGUAACAUCCAGCGUAUCCUGCAGGAAAAUGAGAGGUUGAAACAGGAGAUCAUUGAGAAGAGCAGCCGCAUUGAGGAGCAGAACAAGAAGAUUGGGGAACUGAUUGACCGCAACCAACGCUAUGUGGAGCAGAGCAACCUGUUGUCAGAGCAGAGCAGCACCUCACUGCAGAGGACCAUGGAGCACACGCAGGCAAGGGUCCUACAUGCUGAACAGGAGAAGCACAUGCCGCCACUGGAUCAGGGGUGGGAACAGGCCAGGGUCACCAAGGAGCUAGCGGAAGCCACGGCACAGAUCUCCCAGCUCCAGCUGGAGCUGGCCCAUCAUCAGAAGCAAGGGAUGGAUCUCCACUCCCAACUGAAUGAAGCCCUGACAGAGUCGGAGAGGCACAGAGCCCAGGUCAACCAACUGCAUACACAGCUGGCAGAACUUCAGAAGUCGUCUGACGACAUGAAAAGCAGAUACCAGGAGGAGAAGCUGAGCAGGAAGCAGUUGGAUGAGAAGGUGACGGCCCUGGAAGAGGAGCUGGCUGAUCUCAGCAUUAAGAAGGAGAAUCUGGAGAAGCUUUCCCUGCUUAAAACCACAAGAAGCUCAGAGAACGAGAAGCUGUCACCGCAGCAGGAACAGCCAGAGCCUGUGAAAGGCAAGGUGAAGAAGAUCAUGAACGAGGUCUUCCAGUCCCUGCGGGGCCAGUUCAACUUGGAGGAGUCCUAUACCGGCCAGGAGGUCCUGGGGAUUGUCCUGAACACCAUCAAGACAAUAACUCUGCAGCUGCUGGAGAUUCAGGAGGAGCAAAGGGGGAGCAGCACCACCAAGGAGGAAGGACCUGCGGAAAGGAAGCAGCCAAGUGCCGCACUGGGUGAACAAACUCCUGCAGCCUCUGCUCAAACUGCAGAGCUGCCUCUCAGGUUCUCCGCCAAUAUUGAGAAGGAGAAGCCAAGCACUCAGGGUGAAAUGGACACAAUAGACACUGCAAUUCUGGCACCUCCAAAACCAGCGGCGGAUGAGAUGGCACCUGCAGUGCAGGGGCCCACAGUGUGUCCAGAGGGCGAGGAGGAGGAGAGUGCGGCAAGUCAGCACACCAUUGGCCCCACCUCUCAAGCUGCUCUAGCCGACAAGCAGCUCGACUUCGCUGGAGCCUCACAGCCAAGACCAACGUCCAGCCCUAUGCAAGCAGAUUCCAGUCUUCUUGAGGACAAGGGUAGUUUCUUCGAAGUUGCCACUCCCAAGCCAUCUGCAUCGGGAACUCUCUUGGCAGAAGACGAGGAAGAGGAAGAGGUGAGCCUUAAGGGUCAGCCUCCCCCCACCCCACUCUUUGAUGAUGACGAUGACGAUGACCUGAACCUGCUGGGAUGAGCGGCCUGGCAAUGCCAUGGCAAUACUUUCUUCUCUCAAGAGCUUCAGUGAUUGCUGAUCUGGGGCUGAGAUGGAUGGAGCAGGGUUUUUUCCUGUGGGCCUCCCCAGAUUGCUCAUUUGGGCUGAGGUGGCCUUAACUUGUGGUUUUUGAGGCUGCUGGCAGGAAGAGGGGUGACGAUCUCCCCCCACCCCCUCUCUCUUGGUAGCAAAUAUCAAUUGGGGGACUUCGUUUAGCUUCAAAGUCCUGACUGUUUAAUUCACCACUGCCGAACACACCUGCACCCUGCACCCUUUUGACCCAGCUGCUAUUGGGGGUAGCGGUGGGUAUCACCUCGAACAGCUCCUUUCUGUGGAAACCAAACUUAACCUAUUGCCAUAGCUCACCUCCAGUUUUGAACCUUGGCAAAAUUGGAUCUUGGAAAAAAAUAGUAAUACUAAUAAUAAAAGUGCAAUUAAAAUAAA